AUGGCACCAAAAUCCAAGACACCCGCCGUGAGUGCGCCGGUGCACGAAGGCUACGAAUUCGGCGGACCUCUCGGUGCCGCUGCGAUUUCUUUCGGUCUCCCGAUCCUAAUGUAUGUCUUCACAUUCGCGUGUAACGAUAUUUCGGGAUGCCCUGCUCCGUCGCUAUUAAACCCCAAGACCCUCGAUCUCGGCCAAUUGAAGCGUGAGGUCGGCUGGCCCGAGGAUGGCAUCAUCGGCGUGUUCGAUCUCAAUGUUACGCUCUAUGUGUUGGCCUACUACCUGGUUAAUGCGCUACUCUACGGCAUCCUCCCCGCGAGCGAGGUGCAGGGCACGGAGCUCGCUACCGGUGGCCGUCUCACGUACCGGUUUAAUGCCUUCACCUCGCACAUGAUCAUCCUCGCCGUGUGUGUGGCCGGUACUGUUCAAUCCGGCGCCAGCUUCACACUCUGGACCUACAUCAGCGACAACUACCUCCAGAUCUUCACGGCCAACCUCCUGCUCGCGACUUUCCUCGCCACGUUCGUCUACGUCCGAAGCUUCAGCGUCAAACCCGGCAACAAGGAGAUGCGCGAGCUCGCAGCCGGCGGUCAGACGGGCAACAUGAUGUACGACUGGUACAUUGGUCGCGAGCUCAACCCGCGUGUCACGCUCCCCAUCAUCGGCGAGAUGGAUAUCAAGGUCUGGUUCGAGCUGCGACCAGGCCUGCUCGGUUGGCUCCUCCUCAACGCCGCCUGGGUCGCUCAGCAGUACCGCAACUACGGCUACAUCACGGACAGCAUCGCCUUCAUUGCGGGUAUCCAAUCCCUGUACAUCAUUGACUCGUGGAUUAACGAGUCGUCCAUCCUCACCAUGAUCGACAUCACCAUGGAUGGUUUCGGCUUCAUGCUGUCUUUCGGUGACAUCGCGUGGGUGCCUUUCCUCUACUCGACCCAGACGCGUUACCUUUCCAUCUACCCGGUCACCCUCGGUCCUACCGGCAUCGCAGCCAUGCUCGCCGUGCUCGGUACGGGCUUCUACAUCUUCCGCUCCUCCAACAACGAGAAGAAUCUCUUCCGGACCAACCCCAACGACCCUCGCGUGUCGCACCUCGAGUACAUCCAGACCAAGACGGGCAGCAAGCUUCUUGUCACGGGUUGGUGGGGCACGGCGCGUCACAUCAACUACUUUGGUGACUGGAUCCAGGCCUGGCCGUAUAGUUUGCCGACGGCCAUCGCUGGAUACACGAUCCUUGCGGCGGGCACCGGGGCCGAGGGUGCGUUCGUCAUGGCCGAUGGCAGGGAGGUUGUCCAGGGUGCCGCCAGAGGUUGGGGCAUGCUGUUCACAUAUUUCUACGUUCUUUACUUUGGCGUCUUGCUCAUCCACCGUGAUGGCAGGGAUGACCAGAAGUGCCUAAGGAAGUACGGUGAUGAUUGGAUUGAGUAUAGGCGGAGGGUCAAGUGGAGGAUCAUUCCUUAUGUGUAUUAA